UGUUGAUUGGUACUCCCGUUUUUGGAAACUUUCCAGUCGUUCACCAAAUCAUUGCAAAUCAUCUCGAUUGUUCGAGCAUUUUCGGUCGGACAUUCCCUUGGGUCCCCUAUGGCUCGAUCAGAUUUGGAAGAGACGAGCCACACCCUGUAUAGUAAACGUAUUUUGUGGUGCAAGUAUUUAUAUUUUAUCAUGUCCGUUUCAAAAAUACCACACAAGUUAAUUUCACCCGAAGAAAGAGAAAUGACAGAAAAGCCAAAAGCUUCGAGCACUGCAGCAGAUGAAGAUGUCGAGGAAGAAAAAUUUGAUAAAAAUUUCUGGGUUGAGGUUGAAAAAAAAGUGAAGAAAGGCAUAUCAUGGAAUAAGGCAAUGGAUGAAGUCAGGGCAGAAAGACUGAUGACAAAAUAUGGUAACCAAGCUCUGGUGGUUCUUAUUCGCAAGUGGCCGAAGAUGAAAAAGUUUAAACAGAAACCGAAAGCAAACCAAAAGAAACCGAAAAAAACCCAAAAGCUGAUAACAAGCUUAGAGUAUUUGAUCAGCCGACUGACGGAAAUAAUUCUGGACAAAGACAAGGACACGGAUUAUGCUGGUUUUCGUUUUGAAGAACCAGAAAAGCCGCCAAAAACCCUGCUGCAUCUUGCAGCGGAGCAGAAUUUUCUUCACGUUUCAAGAUGUCUGGUCGAUCGUUUUCCAACUCUGCUGCACGCGACCACAGACGAUGAUGAAUGGGACAAGGCUGUCAUGCCCGUUGAAUUAGCUUUAGAAAAGCGUAAUGAUGACACUGCAGCUUAUCUCAUUUCUCAAAUGUUGGCUAAUCGCGUCACGGAACUCUUUCUGUAUGACGACAUUGGAGAAUCAGUGAAAUUUUAUUUUGGUGAUAUUAUUAGUUAUCGUGAUCCAGAGACAAAUGAAUAUGGAAUGAAGAAAACGGUCGUGGCUGUAUUGAACAAAUUGAUUAACCCUUACUGGCCGUACCAGCCUGACCGCGCACUGGUCGAUGAAGACAAUGUUGAAAUCCAGCGAGCCUUGGACAGUGUUCCAGACGAUCCAAUGAAUUAUGACUUUCACUAUCACAUCCUAGAAACUGACGAAAAUGGAAGGACACCCAAAUAUGAAGACUCUGAAGAUGUUGAUCCAUUGUUUAAUCAUAGAUCAAUGUCUUGUCUCGAACGCAUUGCUGACAGCGAGAAUAAGGAAGCUGUGAAACACCCAGUCGUUCGCAUGUUGGUCCUAAGUAAAUGGAAUGAAUUUGCCUUCAAUUGGUUUUGUUUCAAGGCUGUUCUUUAUCUCAUAUUUUUGGCGGUAUUAUCAUAUGCGCUCAUGUUUGGCUCCACUCGUGACGAUCCAACUCAAUACGACGGCCCGGCUGAUAAUUUUCGAGCAGUUUGUGAAAUGGCCAGUAUCAUCUUUCUCAUUGUACACCUGCUUGAUGAAUUUGGUGAAAUAUUAAGAGAAAAAAUAAGCUACUUCGAAGUUUGGCACAACUACCUGGACUUACUUGGUAUUAUCCUCACCCUGGUCGUCCUUCCUCUUCGCUAUGCCGAGGUUAAAGCACAGUGGAGCUUCGCUGCUCUUGGUUUGUUAUUCAAUUUUCUACGUCUCUUUAAAUUCUCUCACGUCUCAAGAGUCACAGGUCUUUACACCACAACGCUGGUGAAAAUAAUUCAGAAAGACAUUCCUCGGUUUUUGUUGUUCUUUUCCGUGGUAUUCAUUGGAUUUUGCGGAGCAAUGUAUUUGGCUUUGAAAGUGAACGACAAGCAAGACUCGUUCGGUGGUUUCGCUUGGCUGAUGUUGGCUGGUUUCAGAGCUCUUGCAGAACAACAAUCGUUAGAAGACGACUACCAAAAGUUUAGUUGGUUGCCAAUUAUUAUUCUUCUCGCAUACAUGAUGGUCGUAAUUGUAAUCUUACUAAACAUCCUCAUCGCUCAACUCAGCUACACUUACGAUGAAGCAAAGAAAAUCGCCAAACUGCAAUACGCUGCUGAUAUAAUGAGGAUUGUCUCCCGGGUCGAAUACAGCCCAAUUCGAUAUUUUAGUUUAAGAAUACGAAAUUUCAUAUAUGCUGACUGGAUCAACGACGAGGAAUUGGCCAAAGAAAUGUUGGAGUACACGGAUGAUAGACACCCUUGGGAGACGGUUGGGGAGAGAUUAUCUGACGUUAGGGAAAUUAUGGGGAAACUUGUAAGAAAAGGCAAAGAAAAGGAUCCCUUGGAAACUAUUGAUGACAAAGUAACUCAUCUCACGGAAAUUAUGAAGAAACCAGAGGAGGAAAGCACCGAAGAAGAUCCUUUAAAAUCUAUUGAUGAAAAAAUAACUCGUCUUACGGAGAUUUUGGAAAAGUUUCCAGAAGCUAUGAAAUAACACACAUUCUGAGCUAGCUUCCUGUGCAAGCUGACGAGGAAAAGUUUCACUUUUUUAUGUUCUAUAUUAUUUCAUAAAUAAUUAUGAUUCGUGUUCAACACGCAUACGCUAAACUUAUAACAGUAAGGGCAUGCCCUACAUAUAUUUAUUUUGAAAGAGUCUCAACGUGAUGACCUGAUCGAUGUUGUAAACUACCAGAAAGCUAUCAAGUAUUUCAGUUAAUAGGCUGGAAGAGCCCUGCAUAAUACCGGUAGUAGACAACAGUCAUUUCAUGCUUUCAAUGCGGUUCUCUUGUGCUCAGCCUCUUCUGCCGAUGUCUGGUGGAGAGGUUUACGAUAGAAUACUAAAGGUCCUUCGCAUUUGCAAUAUUCAUUUUUGUAUUAAAAUAGCUACAGUCUUGUUAAACUUGUGUUGUUUCUGUUUUUCAAAUUUCAAGAACAAGUGCCUUCAGACAAUCCAAGAUUUUAAGGUCCACUAGGUUACCGGCGAAGAUUCAGACGAGAUGAACACUUUAUAGAAAGAGAUAAA